CGUGUUGGUGCAAGGUACGAGAACACGCCGCUCAGUUGUAGUUCGGUUUUGUGCGAUCUCUAAUUAUUUUUUCAGAUAUUAUAAUUUAGAAAUUUUGAAACAUAUUUUUCCGUUUUGUUUGAAAAUUUAAGAGUUUAUUUUAACAGCAAUUUAAAAAUAACGUUUAUUUUGUGGUGUUUCUUUCUGUGAUUUUGGAUAUUUGUGACUAUAAUGAAUUAAGACAGGACUCGCAAAAUGGAAGUGGACCUAGAUGCUAACAACAAUUCGACAGACAAGAAAGGAUACUCUUUACGUCCGAGAUGUGCUCCUAAGACGACAGAAGUAGAAGAUAUACCGGAAGAACCUCGCAAGCCUCGGGGGAGAACUCAAAAACCCCCCAAGCAAAAAACCCUUCCCCUCAGUAAGUACCGAAGAAAAACAGCUAAUGCCCGAGAACGCUCUAGGAUGAGGGAAAUAAACGAAGCUUUUGAAACGCUCAGGAGAUCCAUUCCGUUGAUAACUACAAAAUGUGACAGUCCUAAUGAGAAAAACACCAAGAUAUCGACUCUUCGGCUCGCGAUGAAAUACAUAACAGUUCUAUCUAACGCGUUGAGAGAUUCGGAUGGUGAUUCAGAUAAAGACUCAAUCUUCAGCGAGUACAGCAUCACUCCUGCGGACUACAGAGAUUCCUACACCCCGACAUCCCUCAGUGACCACUCCGACUUCUCUGAUAGUUUCUUCAGCACAGGUCUCUCUCUAGAAGUGACUCCUUCUGUUCAAACAUUCACCACCUCCUCGUUCUUGUCGGAAAACAUGUUCCAAAAUACCUUACCUAGACUAAAACCCACUGAGAGUACUUACAAAUUGAACAGUGUAGGAGCUAUCAGUGAGAGACAAAGUGAGUUUUUGAGUUUGAACGAUUCCUCAUCUUCAGCUUCUAAUUCGCCCCAGGACUACCCCGUGUCUAGGAUACCCUGUAUCCAGGAGGUCACCCCCGUGGACUCGCAGACUUGUACUCUUCUGACACCUCUAGACUCUGACCUGAGGUUAACUAGUCUUGCCCCCAUCAACCUGCAACUACAGUCUACACCCCUAGAUGACUGGGACGACCUUAACUUAUCCAGAGUAGAUUUCGAUGAGUUGCUCAGCACAUGAGUGUGUUAGUGUUGGACCUGUAGAUUGAGUAAGUAGUUUUUACAAUAUAAAAUAGUUUUUUCGAACGGUUUGACUACUAGAAAAAAUUAAGCAGUCAAAGAAAAAGCAAUCAAUAAACUGCACAACUGUUUUAAUUACAAAGUAACCAAUGUAAUAGAAAUCAUAAGUGAUUUGUAAAACAUAUCAAGCUAAAAGUAAUAGGAUGAAAUCAUUUUGUACAUAACCUGAUAAAAGAUUUAAGGUAUUGCCGAUUAAUUGUAAAAUCUUGUUACAUUUUUUGCCAAAUUAAGAUAGAAUCAUGUACUUUGAUACAUACUAGGCCAUUGCAAGCAUAUAUUUUACAUAGCAGUUAUUUUGUAGGACAUAAAUACAUUCAAACAAUGGUUUUGUCAUCGAGAUACUCCCUUAAUUUGUAAUAUUUCACCCAUUUACCUCUUCAUUGUCGUAUAUUUUUUUAGGAGAUAU